GCGCAACCACAACUCCCACUGCCGAAUCUGUGCCCCUUGAGUCGCGGGCAAUGCCUCUUCUCCCGCCGUGGCAUAUGGAAGCAUCCCUUCAAGGAAGGAAAGGCUAUAAGAAGCCGCUGACAGGACCCUCUUCCGGCAUCAGGCACGAGACACCACAGGUAUCGGCUCAGAAACCAACAGUAUCACUACUACUGCACUCCUCACGGCCGCUCUACCCUCACAAUGAGACAGAGAACCAAUCAGCCUGCCAUGAUGAGAAUCGCCAUUGCUGGUGCCGGCGGCUUCGCUCAGAUUCUGGCCCAGCAGAUCAGCCAAACCGCACAUGCUCUGCUCGUAUUGUCCCGCAGACCGCACCCUGAACUAGAGGAAUUCUGUCCCGGUUGCCAGGUGGCCAUCGUGGACUAUGAAGAUGUAGAGAACCUGAGGUACACCCUUCAGGGCGUGGACCUGGUGAUCUCUACGAUUGCCGGCAACGAACAGCUCAACCUCAUCGAUGCCGCACGACGAGCUCGGGUCAGAGUCUUUGUUCCCUCCGAGUUCGAGGGCGACCUCAGCCACCGGCCGGCCAACGACCCCCUUGACCGCGGCUCGCAGUCCGCCCUCGAGCUCCUCGAGAGCUGGUCACAGUCCAGGUCGCACAGGCUGCGAUACACCGUCUUCUCCUGCGGCAUCUUCAUGGAGCGGUUUGGUCCUGGAGGCCUGCAGACGUACCAGAUCGGAGCCGGCUGUGGAAUCCAGGGUCCGGACGACUAUCUCAUUAACAUCCAGGAGGCCCGGGCAGAGAUCAUCCCGACCAACUCCAACGGUAGGCCCGCUCGGGUCUCCCUCACCUCGGCCUACGACGUCGCCCAGUUUGUCACCGCCGCACUCGAGCUGGGCCUCGACAACUGGCCUAGAGAGUUCCGUAUGAGGGGGGAUUCCAUGACGGUUCAGGAAUUGGUGGAGACAUGCUCCAACACACUUGGAACCCCAAUUUGUCUCGUGACCCAUCAGUAUCAGGAGGCGGAAGCCCAGUCGGAGGAAUACCACCAACGCGGAGACUGGGCACAGUGGCACUACCUCCAGAGGCUGCUUCAGACGGCCAAUGGCCGUUACCAUGUGCGGCAGACGAACCUGAACGAGGCUGUUCAGUUCCAGCCUAUGACGUUCAGGGGGUGGUUGGAGAAUGUGUGGAUCUCUGGCGUGUGAACUCUCAAGUUCCACGAAUAAGAGAGGGGGGAAUGUGCCGUGUACUGUUGUCGAUGGUUGCUCUACGUCUUGCUUGUCCUUUUUUAUCUCUUUUUCUUUCUUUUUCUUCCUC